UACAUGACAUAGAUCACCAUCAAAUUAAUCAAAGUUUCAUCCAAUAUUCAAAUUCUGUGACUAGCAAGCUUUUCCUUGAUCAAAAAAAAAAUAUCAUACUACUAAUUGUGAAGAUGGAGAUGGAUUUAGGAAAUAACAUGGUGUUGAAAGUGGGGCUAUUCGUUGUGGUGCAAGCCUUAGUUUAUAUCAUCCUAUCUCAGUCAUCCAACGUCUUCUCCAAGACUCCAAGAUCCCAUUCCUUCAAGUCUGUCCGCUCCCUAAGCAUCCGCCGCUGGGCCGCCGCUCUAGCCGACAUUCCGGCCGGCGGAGAGCAGCCUUCUCCUCCCAAGAAACCCCUCAUUUAGUUGACUCAAUAGUAAUUUCCUUGUGUUUUCUCGAUUGCUCCAAAUUAUUCUUUUCUUCUUUGAUUUGUUUGUGAAUAAAUUGUAUUGUUUGGGUACAAGUUAUUAAUAAUGUAAUGUUAUUUUAUAUAUCGAAUAAUUAACAUCAA